CUAAAUUCUGGUAUUAGAUAUGGUUUUUGCUCAUUCCUUCCAGAAUAAUAAUCAUCUUUUCAUAUUUAAGAGAAAUAAAUAUUUUUUCCCUAGUUCUACUUACAAGAGAAGUGUAAUUAGCCCUUUCAUUUGGGAAAGCAAGAGAAACAACACAAAGAAAUCAUUAGCAGGUGACUGGAUACAAGUGAUUGAUGGAGGACGAAUAUGAAGCAGCCGAAUUUCUUUCCAUUCGGAUAGAUGAAAAGCUUUCAUCAUUUUCAACAGUCUCAUCAUCUGGGUGUAAAAUUUGCAGAGUACCUAAUCCGCUACGCCAGAUAAAUGAAAAGGCCUACGAACCUCAUAAAAUCUCAAUCGGCCCUUAUCAUCAUGGAAAAGAUCAUUUGAAAGGCAUGGAAGCGCGCAAAAUGCAUUAUCUAAAAAGGCUUCUUCAAAGAAGAGAGGAGACUAGCGUGCAGAGAUAUGUGAUGGCUUUGAAAGAUAAGGAAGAAAAGAUUCGCGAAUGCUAUGCAGAACCUCUGGAUCAUAUUGAUGGAGAUGCACUUGUAGAAAUGAUGCUCCUUGAUGGCAGCUUCAUCAUUGAGCUAAUCCGCGAGAAUCAGAUUUGGAAAUUUAGAGAACUCCGAAAAAAUAAUGAUGAUUUUCCAAAUUUCAACGUGGUAAGCGUAACCCGUGAUUUGUUACUGGUGGAAAAUCAGCUGCCAUUCUUUGUACUUUUGGAGCUGUUUCAUUUGAGUACUCUGGUGCCCAAUCAAGCGAAUGAGAUUGAGUUCAUUCAUAGGGCUCUAGAUUUCUUCUCUGGAAUGAUACCAGGCCCUGGAAUUCAAAAUUCUGAGGUAAUCUCUGCCCAAAAAACCAAGAAUCUACUCGGCUUAGUGCAUGAUAGCUGGCUUCCUUCACCUGAAGUAAAAGAUAGUUACGGGGAAAAUUCAGCAGUAUAUGGUGAAUGGAAUUUAACACGUAAUGCAACAGAGCUCAAAGAGGUAGGAAUCAAGUUCAAGAAGAUGAAUGGGGAUGAGGAGAAGAGCUUGUUUGAUAUAAAGUUUGAGAACGGUGUACUGUGGAUGCCAACCAUAAGAAUGGAAGAGAAUGCAGACUGCAUCCUUCGUAAUUUGAUUGCCUACGAACAAGGUCACAACGACUGCCAAAGGUAUGUCACUGAUUAUGUCACAUUCAUGAAUUGCUUGAUUAACACCGGGAAGGAUGUCGAGUUACUCCGUUACUCUGGAAGUCUUGUUAAUGGGUUAGGUGAUGAUGGAGUUGUUGCCACCAUAUUCAACAGGCUAUGCCACUCAAUUGAGUUAUCCGAUUAGAACUUCAACUCGAAGAUAUUUAUCAAUGUGUGGAAACAUCCGCCUUAACCUUGUGAAACCCUUUCCAUGUUACUUAAGGGACGAAUUAUUAUCACCACCUAAACUCGUCAUCAAUUAAAUAAAUAAAUACACAAAUGCUCAACAAUAAAUAGUAAUUGAGUAA